UGUUCCCCAAACACGGCCCAGCCCCGCCACACCCCCCGCCCCCGGCCUCCGCAGCUCGGCAUGGGCGCGGGGGCGCUCGCCCUGGGCGCCUCCGAGCCCUGCAACCUGUCAUCGGCCGCGCCUCUCCCCGACGGCGCGGCCACGGCGGCGAGACUGCUGGUGCCCGCGUCGCCGCCCGCGUCGCUGCUGCCCCCGGCCAGCGAGGGCCCCGCGCCGCUGUCGCAGCCGUGGAUGGCCGGCAUGGGCCUGCUGAUGGCGCUCAUCGUGCUGCUCAUCGUGGCGGGCAACGUGCUGGUGAUCGUGGCCAUCGCCAAGACGCCGCGGCUGCAGACGCUCACCAACCUCUUCAUCAUCUCCCUGGCCAGCGCCGACCUGGUCAUGGGGCUGCUGGUGGUGCCCUUCGGGGCCACCAUCGUGGUGUGGGGCCGGUGGGAGUACGGCUCCUUCUUCUGCGAGCUCUGGACCUCGGUGGACGUGCUGUGCGUGACGGCCAGCAUCGAGACCCUGUGCGUCAUCGCCCUGGACCGCUACCUCGCCAUCACCUCGCCCUUCCGCUACCAGAGCUUGCUGACCCGCGCGCGGGCGCGGGCCCUCGUGUGCACCGUGUGGGCCAUCUCGGCCCUGGUGUCCUUCCUGCCCAUCCUCAUGCACUGGUGGCGGGCCGAGGGCGACGAGGCGCGCCGCUGCUACAACGACCCCAAGUGCUGCGACUUCGUCACGAACCGGGCCUACGCCAUCGCCUCGUCCGUGGUCUCCUUCUACGUGCCCCUGUGCAUCAUGGCUUUCGUGUACCUGCGGGUGUUCCGCGAGGCCCAGAAGCAGGUGAAGAAGAUCGACAGCUGCGAGCGCCGCUUCCUCGGCGGCCCCGCGCGGCCGGCCUCGCCCGCCCCCUCCCCGGGAGCCCCGCGCCCCGCCGCCGCCGCCGCCGCCCCGCCGGACCCCGGGCGCACCAGCAAGCGGCGGCCCUCGCGCCUCGUGGCCCUGCGCGAGCAGAAGGCGCUCAAGACGCUGGGCAUCAUCAUGGGCGUGUUCACGCUCUGCUGGCUGCCCUUCUUCCUGGCCAACGUGGUGAAGGCCUUCCAUGCCAACCUGGUGCCCGACAGACUGUUCCUCUUCUUCAACUGGCUGGGCUACGCCAACUCGGCCUUCAACCCCAUCAUCUACUGCCGCAGCCCCGACUUCCGCAAGGCCUUCCAGCACCUGCUGUGCUGCGCGCGCCGGGCCGCCCGCCGGAGCCACGCGGCCCCCCGCGACCGGGCGCGCGCCUCGGGCUGCCUGGCGGUGGCCGGGCCUACGCCGUCCCCGGGGGCCGCCUCCGACGACGAGGACGACGACGUCGGGGCCGGGCCGCCCGGGCGGCUGCUGGAGCCCUGGGCCGGCUGCAACGGCGGGGCGGCGGCGGACAGCGACUCGAGCCUGGACGAGCCGAGCCCCGGCUGCACCUCGGAGUCCAAGGUGUAGGGCCCGGCGCCGCCUCCCCGCCUCCCCGCCGGGACGCGCGGGCUCUGCGCGCCGGG